AUGUUGUUUGUUGACUGCUUGGAAAAAUGCCACUUUGUUUUGCAAACAUGGCCUGUACCAUAUCUCAUAUUCUACAACAAGCAGAUUCAGCUUUACUCUCUCUGCGGUCGUAAGGAAUCCCACCAAGUAAAUGUGGGUAGAACUGACACCUUGGCUUGGGGAGCAUCAGCUUGCAUCUUUGCAUUAAAUUUAAUAGAAUUCGGGAGUGAGACUUGUUACUGCAUUCAUUUUGCAUCAGUUCAGCAGAUCUGCGCCCCGAGAACACCAAGAGCAAACUACUGCAUCAUGAACUCUCGCGUGUUCUUGUGUCUCCUCCUGUGCGGUCUCUGGGCCUCAUCUGAGUCUGUCGUCCUCUUGGGAACCACCGCCACCGUCGGCACUGUCGCCGCCACCACAGUUACCGCCUCUGCGGCGACCGCUUUGGGCGUGGGCGCGCUGGCGGUGCUGAAGGGAGCUCUUAUCGGGAAGCAUCUUGCGCGCAGAAACAAGAGGGAUGUCGACUCUGAGGCUCAUGAGGCAGUGGAGGUUGCUGUAGCCCAGCAGAUGGAUUCAGCUGGCUGCGUGGCCAAGCUCUUGUGCGAAAUUGAGGCCAUGUCCGCUGACCAGCUGACUCCUGCCAUGACCUCCUUCAAGACUGCUUUCGAGAACAACGAGAAGCUCAAGAGCGCCCGAGGCGUGUACGAUCUGGCCAUCAGCUUCGGCUCCAAGUUCGCCAAGAAGGACUCGAAGGCCUGCAGCGCCCUCUUCGAGAAGUGCGUCCUGUCCAGGGAGGACCUCUCCUUCAUGCUGGAUUCCGUCUUCACUUGCUAGUCAUAAAUAUUAUUUGCAAAAGCUGCGAUAUGCACACGCGUUGUCUUUUGACAACGCGUGUGAUCUUUUGCAUGGUUUCCUGUUUUACCUUAAAAUAAA